AGAGCAUUAACUAUCCCUCCCUCCAAUCCUAUUGAAAAGGCAGCGAGGAAGAGAGAGAGAGGGGGGGAAAAACAGAGGGAGAUGAGAGCAGCAAAUCCCUUUUUUAUUCCUCUCGUAGCGCUCAAUAAGAGAAGAAUGUGUUGCCUAUCAGUCACCGAGGGGAUCAAAUCUUCGGGACUGUCCCACGCGUUCAGUGCGCCUCGCAGAGCAUCACUGAGAUAGAGAGAGUGAAGAGGACGGCAGCAGCAGCAACACCAGCAGCAGCAUCCUGCCUGGACACUUCACAUCAUUCAGGGAACCUGUCUCCACUCAGGAUCCAUUUGAGUCAAUCAGGACGCCCAGCAUCUGUCAGAUCUUCUCGUCGCAUGUUUGAACCGAAGCCACGAUGAGGAGUCUGGCUCUGCUGCUGGGAGUGAAAGCCGCCUGCAUCCUCCUGGUGUCUUCGCUUUCCCGCACAGGGGCCGUGAACAACAGCGGCCGGUGGUGGGGCAUAGUCAAUGUGGCUUCCUCGUCCAACCUCCUCACCAACUCCAAGAGUGUGCAGUUGGUCUUGGAUCCCAGCCUGGCCCUCCUGAGUCGUCGCCAGCGCCGGCUGAUUCGCCAGAAUCCUGGCAUUCUGCACGCCAUCGCAGCAGGGCUGCACACAGCCAUAAAGGAGUGCAAGUGGCAGUUCCGCAACCGCCGCUGGAACUGCCCAACCACCUACAGUCCAGCAAUUUUUGGCAAAAUUGUCAAUCGUGGUUGCAGAGAGACAGCGUUUGUGUUUGCCAUCACCAGCGCUGGAGUGACUCACGCUGUGGCAAGAUCCUGCUCUGAAGGGGCUAUUGAGUCGUGUACAUGUGAUUAUCGGCGCAGAGGUCCUGGAGGCCCAGACUGGCACUGGGGGGGCUGCAGUGACAAUGUGGACUUUGGCAAGAUGUUCAGCCGGGAGUUUGUGGACUCCAGCGAGAGGGGCAGAGAUCUGCGAUACCUCACCAACCUACACAACAACGAGGCUGGAAGAAUGACCGUCUCCUCAGAGAUGCGUCAGGAGUGUAAGUGCCAUGGCAUGUCUGGCUCCUGCACAGUGCGGACCUGUUGGAUGCGCCUACCCAGUUUCCGCACGGUGGGAGAUUUCCUCAAGGAACGCUUUGACGGCGCGUCCAGAGUCAUUUAUGCCAACAAGGGCAGCAACCGUGCCUCUCACCGAGCCGAGCCCAGACAUCUGGAGCCAGAAAACCCAGCUCACAAACCACCGUCGUCCAUGGACUUGGUCUACUUUGAGAAAUCGCCAAACUUUUGCUCUUAUAAUGGCAAAACUGGCACUUUGGGAACCUCUGGAAGAACAUGCAACAGCUCGUCUCCAGGCCUGGACGGAUGCGAGCUGCUGUGCUGCGGACGUGGAUUUAAGACUCAGACUGAGAGCGUGACUGAACGUUGCCACUGCACGUUCCACUGGUGCUGUCAUGUCAGCUGCCUGAACUGCACUAGCACACGAACAUUACAUCAAUGUCUAUGAUUGGAGGUGAAACAUUUGAGUUAAUAUUUGGUGAUGUAUUGGAGACAAAAAUAGAACUUUAAAAAAAAAAAUCAAAGCAGGUUGUUGCUUUAGAGAACGUGAGGCUCUCAAGAUAAGGUGUUCGAGAGAGGGCAUGAAAGUUUAAAUCCAGGUAAAAUGACAAAAAGAACAUUUCUGUUCUCUCUCUGUCUCUCGGAAAGACAAAGAAAAGCACACAUGUAUCAACAGGGUAUCAAAGGAACACAGGUGCUUACUUUUUAACCAUUAUUUUCAGCAAAUAUUGGAACACAACAGAUAUUUAUGCCGAAGGGAAAUCGCCCACCACGCCGAGAAUAGCACAGAAAUAAAAGGAUUUAGCGAACAGAUUGUUGCAACCAUCAACUAAUGUCUAAGUGGGAAGCAGGGCAGUGUUUCACAGAUGUUUCUGAAGCCACAGAGCAGAGAGCUACAAAUAUGUUCUCCUAUUUCCAGGCAAGGAACACUCUCGACUCUGCUUGUUUACGUAGAGCUUGGGUGCUCCCAACCACUUCUAAUUUCCCUCCGGCUGCCUUCGCUUCUUUGGAUUCCUCUGUUUCUCAAAACCGAGAAAACAGAUUUGCCACUUGAAUUCCUGUCCAGAAAAGUGCUGGCAAAUUCACAGUGAGUCACGAGACAACUACAUUAAUUGAAUGUACUAUGAAUACACUGAAUAUUGUGUUAAGUUUUGCAUUAGUAUUGAGGAAUGACGAAGCUGGCGCAAAAACAAGCGUGUCCAGCAUGACGUAAUCUAUGCUUAGUGUAGUUAAAAUUGGUCAAAUUAUUAUGUUUAAAAGGUGUAAUGUGCAGCAAAUAUUUCUCAAAUCAUAAAACUACUAUGAAGACAGUCAUAGUGUGCAUCAGCUAAGAAAACCAAAAGGAUGCAAGCAGUUGUGGUUCUUGGGUGAGCCCCUCUUAUUGCUGCUCCAAAAAAAUUAAAUGCAAGCAAUUAUCAGAGUUACAGGGCAAACGGAUAAUAUGCAGAAAACAUGUGACCUUGUCGGUCACCCCAUUCCUUUUUAAUUUCGUCCUGGCAUAUACCACAAACCACCACUGGAUGUAGGUAUUAAAAUAGCAAAAAAUAUAUUUAUAAAAGUGGGGCUUGUCAAUUUGCCAAAUGAUUUAUUUGGCCAUCAGUGACUGGACAGAAUGGAGUCAAUUCAGGAUAUGUUUAAAUGUAUUUUCCCCCUUUUUAGUUAAUGUAGCUGACAAAAGUUAACUUUUGCUAGAACCAGGAAAUUCUAUUUUUCUGCAAAGAAAACACUUGUUUGUUUGGUCAUGCACUGAAUAUUUACUUUUUUUAUGAGUGUAAAUACAAAUAUUUAUUUUUGAUGAUUUUUAUACUGUUAUAGAAGAUUGUCAGAACAGUCUCUUUUUAGAUUUCAAUCCAAAAAUCUUUGAUUCUAGUU